AAUACAGAAUGUCAAAGGUAAUAUUAAUUGUUAAUGUUCUAUGUUAUUAUCAACAAAAAACUGAAAAACUUAUUGUUUAGUAAAAUAAGAUUAAUUAGUGUCAUGGGAUAUUUUAGUUUUGUGCUGCUAUUAAUAAAACCAGUACUGAUUUAAAUGGCUAAGUUUGGGGCCAGCACAAUGUCCUUUAACAUAGAGACAGCGGAAGCAUCAAAAUGGAACAGCACUUUACAUCAAGUUUCCUUGGAAGAUCUGAAAAUGGAUUCCAACUUUUUAAUGCUGUUAUUUUCGUUAAUAUUUGCAGUACUAUGGGUUAUUUACAUAACAUACUACAAUUCACGAAUAUUAGGCUACAUUAUCACAAAGGUGGCAAACAAGUUUAUUAGUGAGGGAUAUUUUCGAAUAGGAUCUUUAAGUCUAAAUGCCCUAUCGGGCAAAAUUAUGUUUCGUGAUUUUGCUUAUAUAACCCACGAUUAUACACUACGAAUCCAAGAUGGUUACUUAAUUUUUCGAUGGUGGAGGUCUUACGUUCCCAGAGACGUUAGUGAAGAUCUGUCUCAUUCAGAUACGAGACUGUCAGUAAUGCUGAAUGGUUUUGAGCUGCAUGUAUAUAACCGGUCGUAUAUGUAUUCCAAUCUGGAGAAAACAUUUGGACUACCUUCUAGUAUAUUCCCAAACAACAAGGAUAAUCAAGUGGUUGAUGAGAUAGAAAAGAAUGAAAACGAAACCCAAAAUCAAUCUAAGAAAGACACUAAAAAACAACGCCCGGAAGCAGCGAUGGCUCGAACAUGGAGAGAUUUGAUACCAGUUAUUAAGUGCGAUAUUAUGUCUAGUAGGCUGGUUUUCGGCAAUAGACUGGUUCCAACUACGCUAAGUAUUACAUUCGAAGAAAGCCAUUUUGUGUACUCUACAAAACCUGCAGUUUGCACGUUGGACAGAUUUAUGCAUUUUGUUAAGUGCAAGGCAGAAAAUGUGCGGGUUAUGUUGGCUCCCAGCUUAAAAUACACAGGGAUGUUAGAUGAACCACCGCGUUAUAUGGGAGAGGGGUUCGUGUUGAUGUCGUCAAAUGAUUUGGAAUUGUAUUUCUACAUGGAUGAGCCCGGAUUGGUUCCAGAAGAACCAGUGUUAAUUACGCUUGCCAACGGUGAUAUUGUUGAAUCAAGUCCACCUCAAUGGGGAGUGGACAUCAAAUGUGGAAAGGGAACAAAUUUCAGUUACGGACCUUGGGCUGACAGGCAGCGAGAGCAUCUAUUUAAAUUCUUUUAUCCCCAAGAUUAUGUAUUAAUGGAAGUUACCAAGCAUCCAAGUCCUGGAGAAAAACGAGUUAUGCACUCGUUUGACGUAAGGCUUGUAAUGCAAAAUGAUUCGACUAUAGAUAUUUUAUUUACCAAAGAUAAAGAAACUAAUGCGGUUCAUAUCAAUGUUGGUGCUGGCAGCUAUUUAGAGGUUACUAUACCUUGGGUUACGAAGGAAACAGGGUACUCUACAAAAAUAAACGGGCAACUGCUUCAUUUAGAAGCGACAACAAGCUUGCAGUUCCGGGAGCUGGUUGAAAGUGAAACAUUGGAAUUUUGCAUAUUGUGUCACUAUCCUUUGGUUUGGAACGAACAUCAAUUAUGGGAAAUUAACUUAACUGGCUGCAAAGCAACCGUGAAUUUAAUAUUUUUCCACAAAUGGUUCUUCACAGAUCUUAUAAAUGAUUGGGCGUCAAAAGCUCGACCAGACCUGAUGCAUUUUGUGCCAUAUACGUGGAGAUUUGGAUUCACUUUAAAGCAUUGUGAACUGGUCACUAUGAUUAACCAGUACAAUUGGAUCGAUUGCAGUAGUGCAGGACAACGAAAUAGACUUGAAAAUACCCAAGUAGCGUUAUGUGCCCACUUCUUACAUAUGUCCUUUGACUUGCCGUUUGAUGAAUUUUUGCCUGAUUCAGUUCCUAUUAAUUUGGCAAUACAGGGAGAAAGCAUCGAUUUAAGUCUUUUUAUACCUGAAUUUCAUACCAGCAGAAAUGUUAUUCUUUCUCUUGAUAAACAUGCGAAAGUAUUAUCUAAGGAUGGGUCUACGACCAAAAAGACUGAAAUAAUACCAAAGUGGAGAAACGUGUGUCAAAAUGCCGCCGGAUGGGUCGAUUUUUGGUGGAUUCCAAUCGGGGCCAUAAAUAUCACAUAUAGUUUUCAUCCUUGUCCACCACUGGGACCUCAGCCGCAGGCUGACAUAUCGACACCUGUAAAAGAGGAAAUCUUGUUGUCGCCAAUGCGAUUUCCUCAUCACCGAAAGUCUCGCAAACGUUCACUGGAGCGAAAUCAAAGGUUUGAUCCCACGUCAUUAAAGCCAGAUGUAGUGAGUGUAGAGCUGGAAAUAGGACCAUCAGUUAUUUUAUUAUAUGGAACCGCUUUGAAAAACUUUAUGAACUUCAAGGAAAAUAUAUUCGGAGAAGAUCAGUCUUUCACUGAUAUGCAGCAAACGCAAGUGAGUGAGAGUGGUUCAAGUGCUGACUUGAAAACAGAAGACAGUAGUGCAAAUAUUCCAUUAGAACUUAGGGACGACUUCGAUCAUCGGUAUUAUCGGCCUUUAGAAGUGGAUGUGUCCAUAAUAAUGCACGAUGUGCAAGGACAUCUGUUGAGGACCUGCACAGAAAAAGACCCACCCUGCCCCAUCAUUUUAGUGGAGAGAUUUGGCUUUGAAAUGAAGAAACGAUAUGACCAGACUGAAUUACAAUUACUUUUGAGCCCGGCUGUGUUACUAGUUUCCGAUAAUGUACUCAGAUCCACCAAAGAUAGGCAUUUAAGUCAAGGAAAACUUACGCUAAGUUCAUUGCAAAUUCGUGGACAUGCGAUGUUUUCCGAUGUUGGUCAAUCUCUUGACCAGGACACCGUCGAAUAUGCCUGGCUAGUGGAAAUUCAACUAGGAAAAUUAAGCGGCAAACUGACUACUCCUCAGCUCUAUUCCAUAUUGACUAGUUUAGAAACUCUAUUGUUAUUAGUCGUCGACGAAGAGAACGAGUUGAACUCUCCAUCAGAUGAUGCAGUGUUAUAUCAACCGGUGGUGAAGAAAAAAGAACCAAGCACACAGAACGUUCAUGUACAGCAUGUUCAGCAAGCCAUCCAGCAUUUACUUCAACCGAAAAACAGUGGGACUAGUUUAAUGUCUAAAAAUCCAAGUAUGAUUUCAAAUCAGAGCAAAGCAGAACAAAAAAAUAAAAAAAGGGAUGGCGAAGAGAAAGUUAGAACUUCGAUCAGAAUACCUACAACAUCGCACGAUGAUAGCAAUCAAACUAACAGUAGCAGUAGUAGUUCAAAUAUAACUUAUUCAGAACAUAAGUUAAAAUACAAGCUGGUUCGUGUGGCAGUUGAUGCAGUCGAUUUUUGGUUGGUUGAAAGUGGAGCCGCUUUACAAUUAUGGCUUUCCCCCGUUCGACUUGCUAGUUGCAAUCUUCAUGGUAAACUAGUUAGUUCGGGACUUUCGUGCAUAAUUUACAGCAUGUCCUUAAGGCAGCUCGUUUGGCAUCCACAUAAGUACAACCAUAGCAAGCAAAAUAUGGAUUCGCUCGAUUUAUGGCUUGAAGUGGGAGCUGUAAAUUUCGGACCUUUAAUAAUUGAGUCAGCAAUAUCUACCGACAUUAAGGAACAAAACAUGUAUCAAACCCAGCAGAAAUUUCUGAAAAUGCACGACGAUAAGUUAAAGAAGUUGUGGUUUUUAUGGCCUGAUCUGAACAAGACCUCUGGCAAAUGUGGCUGCACCGGUGGGUGUAUGUUUUUCGGAAACAAUAGAAAUGGGCCGAGAUUUUUCAAGCCCUGCAGAAAAGAUCUAGAAGAAGGUGUCAAUAUUGCAGCUUUCAGAAUAAGUGAACCAGGACGGGAUCCAGGUUACGGACAAAGCAUUCUUCAUGGAAACGCUUUGAUUUUCCGUACACCACCAUACAUUAUUAACCAGAUAACACUUCAAGGAAGUUUCAACACAACUGAAAAUGCGCCAAAUGGUAGUAACCCAAGACAUGUGGAAAAAGAAAAAUCAGUGGAGCAAGAUGGGCAACAAAAUAGCAUAUUGAGUAACAGCGAGCGAAAGAACAGUCUACGAUUUUCUUCCACUUCUAUAAAAAGCACAGUUACAAAGGAAGUGCCAUAUUCACGUCUCGUAGACACCAGUCCUUUAAAUCUCCCCACAAAACUUGAUAGCGAUUCAAAAUUGCAUUCCGAUAAAUCUAAACUGGGCGUCAUAGAAACAGCUGAGCUGCAACCUAAAAACAGCGCCUCAGAUUCUAAGUUGGCAGUGGAUUAUUUCACAACCACUUCGGAUAUCAAGAGUGAAGUGUCCUCAAUUAAGAGUGAUAUUUUGAAUAUGAAAAGCGACAUUUACGGACGAAAUGCAAUUGAGAGUACUACUCCUCAAAUGUCAGCUAGUUUUAAUGCUAGCGAAAGCCAUCAUUCUUUAGGUGGAUUAAUCAGCAACGAAGAAAAGUUAUUAAAGGAAGUUCAAAGGACAACAUCGAUGUCAAGUGAAAAUCACUCUGAAGCUUUCUUCUCGGCAGAUGAAGAUGUUAACGUAGCAUCUAGAAGUUCAAGCUUGAGAAAUUCAAUUUUAAGUUCAGGGGACACGUUUAUGAAGCAGGAAAGUAGCAGCGUGCCUCCUCAAAGGAAAAAAUUUUCCAGCGAAUUGAGCAUUGUAACGGACCGGAACGGAAUGCAGAACAGAUCGAUGCAAGCUCCCGGUUCUGCACCUGAGACUGGAAAAUUGCGACUUUCGAGUCAUAGGAGCGAUCAUGAAAUUCAUACUCCCGAACACAGGACAGUGCAGGGUUUGGUUACACCAUAUCGAUACCCCACUUACCGAUCUGUUAGCCCAAGAAUUUUAUCAAAUGGGCAGCAACCUUUCGAAAAACAAGAAAGUACUAUAAGUGAUGUUUUAAACGACAGCUCUGAUAGUGUUAGCAAUACCAGUUAUGCAUCAGCUGUGGGUAGUCAAGAAGAUUUCACCUUAGUUGAUCUACACAUGCAAGUGAAUAGACUUAUUGUCGACUCGCCAAUGCUGAUGUCAAGCUACGUCACCCAUUUAAGCCAACUAAGGUGUCAAAAUUGGCAUAACAAAGAGGUGGAUCAAUUUUCAGCAUCGAUGUUUGAGAGAAGUUCUGAAGGCAAACUUGCAUAUGUGGGCGGAAAUUUUGUACCUUCAAUGGAACCACUUAGCGAUGGAAUCACAUCAUUGAAAAUGGUAUCUCGUUCAGAUUCUGGAAUCGCCAAUCAAAAUAAAACACCUACCUCACCUUAUGUAUAUGUCUGGGAUAAUGACGAAAUGGAAAAUGAUUCAGGUUCAUUUCAAGAAGAGGAGUUGCUUAGUGGACAAACUGACGGAGGUUCUCGCACUGUAGUAAUAGUGAAGCUUAAGGGCGAUCUGGACAUAAUGGUCAGUCCACUGCUUUUGGAAAGUUUACUGCGAUUUGUGGAUGUCCUUACGCCUACAGUCGCCAACUUGCAUCCUUUGACUGUAAUGAACCAUCUGCAUACAUCCUGUGUUGGCCAGGUACAAUCUGCUAAUGUUUUAAAAACAACGGAAAACAUUUCAAAGUUGUGCCAACCGGGAUCAGGAAGCGGAGAAACAACAGCUGUAUAUGCGGAGACUAUUAAAAACCAACUGCAAGCUGCAAUUUUUUUGCCUAAAGUGAACGUGACUCUUCUUCAAGUAUCUAUUGUUGAGGAAAUUAUAUCUUUUUCUGCACUGGAUAACAUUAAAGAUUUGACUUGCGUAUCAUUAUUUUCUGUUUGUUUUGACAAUAUUAGCGUUAAAUUCCAUUAUGAUCAUCAGGAGAAAGAAAUUUUAGAACGAUUUUUAAGGCCUUCAGUGGUGAGAACCAAAAACAAAGGAGCAAAUAUUGCAAAAUUUUUAGGACUUCAAACUAACACUAAUUCUGAUGUGAUUCAGGGUGAACCUGUUUUUAUUGAAAGUUGCGAAAAUCAACAGUCGCAGCUGGUAAUUUGUUUAAAUGUGAGCAAAGUUCAUUCGCAGUUGCGAAGAUUGCGAAACGAGUCUUCUAUCUUGGAUGAUGCAAUUAUCACUGCAAUUCCCACAUACAAGUCGAAAGUUUUAUUUAUUCCUGCCAAAGUUAAAUCUAUGUACAGAGGCUUGGAAUAUUAUCUUCAACCAGUUGCAAAAGACACCAACAUACCACAAAUAGACGAACUGACCACUGAUGAUAAGUUGGGUUUUAUCAUGUUUGAAUGUGGAUUGGAAGGCGUUUCCUUGAAGGUAGUGAAAAAGUCGAAGUUUGAACAGACUGACACCACAAUCAGUGGAUCGAUCGAUGUACCGAGCGUAGAAUCUGUCAAAUCUAAAGAAAAUUUAGAGUCAGCAGCAAACACACCGAAAAAUACUGUACAAUCAUCUACUCGCACAUCAACGAACAAAGAUUCAAGUACUCCGAAAACUGAGAAGAAAUGCAGCGAAGAAGACAAUCAUCAAGAAUUGGAGAAAGAUAAUUUUAAGGACAAUGGCAACGUAUCUUCAUGUAUAAUUGAGCUGAAAAUCGUUUGGUUCAAUUUUGCAGCUCCACCUCGAGCGCCUAUUACGAGGAAAAUCGAUUACACUCGCUUGGAUUGGAAUUUACUGAGUACGGCUUCACCGGCAAUUAAUGCUUGGAUGAAUCCCAGUAAUCGGUUAGCUAUACGUGUGGUUCAUAUGGUUCGAACAAUGUAUCGUCGGUCAACAGCAACUGUAGCUUGUCUUAUGGCUGAAGCCAUGGAAGGACAACAUAUACAUACAUUGCCAAAGAGUCGCUAUGGAAAAUUAACACCCCUGGCUCAAACUCUGCAUGAUGAUCCCAGUCUUCAGUUGUGCCGAAUUUUGCGAAAGUUUUACUUGGAAUGUGAUCCGCUAUACAUCGAGUCUAACUUGAGGGAAACGGAAAUUCCCCCUCUAUUUACCCUGAGACAAGGUGUUAUAGUUUUGAGCAGACAAUGGAAAAACACCCUUUACACUCCUUUAAUGAGCCAAAACCCAGUUAAAAUUACCAGAUUUAAAACCAUGAACGUUACUAUAGCGGUUCCAGACAUUCAGGAGGAGUCCUGCUUUACGGACGGUGAGGCAUCGGGCAAUGAAGAGGCCGAUAUUACUGAUGAACACGCGAGACUUCUACACGCAGGUGUUAUUUUGAGACCCAACGCACCGCAUAGAAAUUUGGUUCCCUGUAUGGCAUGUAAAGACAUGACUCCCUUGCACCCAUCACCUCGAGUUGGUGCAUUUUCUGAAAACGGUGUUCAAACAUCACAAGUUGCAGUGGUUUCCGGUGGCGUUGAGAGUGUUUUAGCAUCACCAAGUCCCCCUGUACCUAUGAGAAAGCGCAAAAAGAGUAUAGUGCCUGUCCAACCACCAAAUAGUUGUCGGGCAAGUGUGGUUUUACCGCUUCUUACCAGCGCUAACCCAUUCACAGCUAAGCGUGUUAAUGAUGAUGGUAUUUGCUAUGGGACUUUGCGUGAGGAUUGCACAAUAAUAAAUGUGGGAUCUGAUCCAAGCGAUGCAUAUAGCCAAUCUAGCCCUGAUUUACCGUCUAGCCCCACUCACCGGGCAAUUGGACAUGCUCAUUCCAGCGAAGAUUUAUACAGUUGGAUGGCUAAACAGGGCGUCCAGACUGACGAAAAUCUAGAAGGUGGAGAACAAAACAAGGCCAAUACGUUACAUACUGAGUCUUCUGGGGAACCAGGAACAUUGCCGAAAGAACAUAUAAUGCAGUCUGAAAUCCCUCCACACACGAUCCAUGAGCCUGUUAGACUGUUGGAUGCCAAUCAGAUAUUCCAGCCGUUUUUAUCAGGGUUAGGAGUAAUGCCCCAGCAACUGCGAUUUACAACUAUGUCGGAAUCAGGGGCAGGUAACGAUGUAACAACAUUAGACGCCCUUGGAUCAAACCUUUGUCUGGUUGGUAAUUUGGACACUCUUCGAAUUGAUAUAGUGGUGUCGGAACAUGGAAAAAUCGAAAAGAGGAAGGGCAAGAAUAAAGGAAAACGGGGAUUAUUAAUUGAAAUUAGUACAAGUGAUGAAUCGCCAUCUUUUGUAUGUGAAAAAGUCUGUAUUGACCUGGAAGUAGAUCGAAUGACCGAUAUGGCUGUGAACGAGUUAAUGAAAACACGAAAUGUGCUAUACAUUUCCAGAGGACAGCUUAAAAGUCAUACUUCAACAGUAAUUAAUUUUACUGUAGGAAUUCGUUAUAUUCAUCAAAGGGUUAACAUGCCUUUGCUAAGAUUAUUGCAUCAAAUUAGUAACAUGUAUCAAAACGUAAAAGACACUCAAAAUGAGCUUAGAGAGCAACAGCCUCCUGCUGAACUAAGAAGAUCAAAAACGAGUGCAAGCGAUCACAAUGAUCAGAAACAUCAGGGUUCCACGUUGGAUUUUUUACAGGAUGUUCCUUCGAAUUUAUCCAAACAGCUAACUUUGAAAAUUUCCGAUCCAGGUUCUUAUACUUCUCAAAACAAGCCUGUGAUUUCACCGAGUCCCAGUUUGAGGUCUAGGCCUCAAAGUUUUGCACAAAAAUUACGAUCAACAGGGAAGAAUGUGAAAGGCUACGUUAAUCUAAACGAAGGUGUAGGAACUCCGAUUAGUAUUAGCACUCCUAGUGGAUCUGGUUUGGAUCGAAUAACUGUAUCCUCCGAUAAAAGUACCGGAAAAUGUUGGAAAACCAUUUAUUAUUUGUUGGAGUUGUAUGCAAAUAUGCCGGAUACAAAAACAAUUAAGCACAGAUUUUCUGUUGGUACAAAUGAUAUAUCUGAUCAUUACAAAGGAAACCGUAAAUAUGACAUCCUGACCGAAAUGAAAUCUAGCGAAGAUUUGGAAAAAGCAGAAAGCACUCCACCAUUAAAUUUACAUCGGGAAUUAUAUAGAGAAAGCAGUCAUUCGGGCUCUAAUGGUCAUAUAAAACUGGUUGUAUUUGGCAUGGCUAGAAUACAUAGGACUAGAUUAUUAGCUACUUUGUCUGGGCUGAAACUGGAAGCUGAAAUCACCAGUUUACAUAGCAGCUUAACGGUACGUAAGAAAUCAAUUCCUCCAUUGUUGGAAUGCUCUCUAACUGGUCAAGUUGGGAGAACCAUGAUUGUUUUGUUAGAAGGAGUGGCUCCAAAUUUACAAACAGUUGUUAAGGUCACUAUAGGUAAAUCUCAGGCGUUAUAUUCUUCAGUAACAAAGCGACAAAAAGAUAAAAACUCCGGAUUAUUGACAAUUGGUGCUGUUAAUAUUGAUAUCCCACAGCACCCAGUUGCUUUGCAUGGAAUGGUUACCAGAGGUAGCAAGCAGUUAAGUUCAACUUUACAGGAGCUUCGCGUGCAAAGAACUUCGAGUCGCAUGUCCAGGGGAGUGCAGAACGACGAAGAACAGCAAAACUCACCCAAUCACCCUCUCAAACACACUCCGUUAACCGGCCCUACUUUAAGCAAAACGACUGUGGUGGAAAAGGGCUUGUUACAGCCGUUAGUUAUGCAAUUUUCGGUUAUUCUUCAGAGUUUGAGCAUCACAGCAGCUCUGCUACCCUCUCUUCAAGCUCAAUAUAAAAUGGACCAAGUUAAUAGCACGGGAUUCACCGGUAGUAAGGCCAAGUUUACCAUUGAUUUGCCUCAUCACAGUUUGAGCUUCACAACCAAACUCCCACAAGGAUAUACUCAAACUGACAAGAGCGAAGCUAAAUUGCCAUCCGAGGCCAGUAUUGCUCUUCCAGCUGUCCACGUGGUGGCAGAAUACAUUCCAGAGACAGCUGCUAGUGGUAUCAGAAACCCGGAAGGUGUGGUCUUUAGACAAGGUGGCUAUUUGAAUGCUAAUGCCGAUAUUGGAGUAUUUGAACAUAGCUUGACUACAGAUCUGCUUAAUCAUUUGGUGUUUGUUCAGAAGGUGUUUAUGAAAGAAGUAAAUGAAGUUGUGCAGAAAGUAUACGGAGGCGAAAGACCAGUCCCGUUGUGGUUGGAGGACAGCGAAGAACCGUCUACUUUAAAUAGACUAUUGUUUUCUUUGAUUAUCAAAAUUCAAAGGAUUCAGCUCACAGCAACUACUGCAGGCAGCUCGGCAGUAAGGUUAGAAACAGGCGCUGUUGUUCUUGAGCUUUCGAAUAGAGUGCAAAAUGUAUCAGGAUCGAAGCCCAGCGGUACUACGGCAAGGUUGUUUGGAAAGGCGCAAGUUGAUCUGAAUUUAUCAUUGGGGCAAAUAAUACGAAAUGCUGUUUUUGAAGAGGCUGACAUUGAAUAUCAACAUGUGGCCUUUUUCAAUACGCAAAUUGUACUGCGAAAUGCGUUUCAGGAUGAGAUUGUUGAAGGUGAAGACAAAGAGGUCGUUAUAAUAACAUUAAAAAGGCCGCUCAUCUAUGUACAGCCCGUGGCUGUGGAUAAGGCAAUUUUGGUAUGGCUGAACUACAAGAAUGCCUACGAUUAUUGGAAUGAGAAAAGGGCGAAUUUGAGUAGAGAAACUAAGGAGGAGAAGUUCCAGUUUGGGCAGCUCACCAGCCAGCUCGGAACUCCGCAUUUAGGAACAUUGUUUUUACAGCUUACUGUCGAAGAUAUGGGUAUUUGUUUGCCUUUAAAUCAUUUACCAAUGACUUGGAAUGUUAGAUCAGGUUAUGAUGAUAGUAGAGGUGCCGUUGUUGUCACUUUGGAAAACACUAGUAUUUCUGCGUGCAGUUCUGGUUCGCUAGUGAGCAAAGGCAAAUUUUCGAAUUUAUGCCUUAGAUUUGCAGAAGAAUUCGAAACUUCCUUGGAUGAUUGGAAGCCUGAUAUGGCAGACUCAUCUAUUAUGAAUCUUUGUGUGGUUAGCGAUGGAACUUACGAAGUCUGCAGUCGGACAUUGACGGCUAAGGCAAAUGAAAAUGCGAAAUGGUUACUUAACGUUCAGUGGCAAAUGGAAGGUGUGGAUAUUCACUUAGACACCAACGUUGGAAAACAGCUAUCUGCUUUAGGACAUACUCUCACAAUGCUCACUGGAGCAGAGGAUACCGCAAUUCCCUUAGAUUAUGACUCUGACGAAAACGAUCCUACAGACGGUACUCGGACUUCACAAGAAAGCAUUUUGCCUGCAUUUAUGUUUGAUCCAUCAUUAGACAACAGAAUGAGAUCUAAACUUAUCGAGAAGGAAAUGAACGAACAAGCCAAAAUUAUUACAGAUUUAAGAUCAUUAGGUGCCUCUCACGGAACAAUAGAAUUGGAGAUGAAAAGGUUGCAGGAAUUAGAAACGAUGGUUUAUAAAGAUUUUCGAAGAGAUAUGAUACAGAAGUUGCGAAGACAAAGCAUGAGAGCAUCAUCAAUCAAAGGCAAAUUUGGAUUGGGCUCGAAGAGUAGCACUUUUAGAUCUAAAUCCUUUGUGGUACCCAGUCCUAUGCCAGAAGACAACGGAAGCCCUGGCAGUGUCAAACUGGAUACAGCUGCUGGUAGCUUUGAUAGUUCCCCACGAUCAGGUCCUUCGCGAUCAGCAUCUUUACGCGUGAAGACAACCGAGCAAGGGCCAAGGGUAACGUUUAGUGACACACAAACAAUGAGCAGACAAAAAUCCUUACCAAGUGCGAGCUCUGAGAUAAGCUUACCAGAGGCGCAACUGGAUUGGGUAGAUCAUCUUGACAUCGAUGGAGAAAAAGUUACUCUGAGAAAAAAGUUUCCUGCAUCUUAUGAAUCUGUUGAAGGAUUGAUGGACAAUUUUGAUAUCGAUCAAGCGUUGACUUCCAGUCCAUUUCACUCAGCAAGCUCCAACUUCCCACCGAGCACUGGCCCCCAGAAGUGCCAAGAGCCAAAUGUUGACCUAGAACUGGAUGUUAAAGUGUUCAUAAACAGUGGUAAAUGCGUCCUGCAUACCAAGGAUCCUGUCCGAGAAGAAGAGAUUAAAUUAAAUCGAAUGAGGAAAGAUAGAUCCUCUUCAGCUGCUGGAUUACUAGAAUAUUCCAGUUCUUCUAGCCCAGAUGCCGUGAGAAAAAAUAAGGAAAAGUUGACAUCGCAAAGUAGCGCCUCAAAAUUGAGAAGUAAUCCGCACAAUACAUUAGUAGAUUUGACGAUCUUUCAUAUUCCCGGCAUGGAUGUGAAACUACAGUAUCAAUCAAAGGUUAUAAUGGAGGACAUCCCUCCAGACUCGCAUUUCGAUUUUGAUAAAGUAUUUUCUUCGGCCACUUCAUCCAAACUGCCGUACAGUGAUUCCGAGCAAUCGAGAAUCGACAUGGCAUUUAAGAGGCAAGAGAGCCAAUCAGAUUUCAAAUCGCACAGCUUAAAUUCCGACUUGAAAAGUUCCACAUCAAUGCAUGGCAUUACCAAUCCUAAUUACGGCCAUUCUCCUACUGCCAGCUUAGAAAACUUGCAAUUUGGUAAUUACACUCCACCAAGCAGUGACAAUUUCAAAUCUUACAUGAGCAAUGCUUAUGUUGCUACACCGUCUGCUAAAAAACAAGGUAUUAAAAAGGCUUCCUUAUUUGCCUGGAUGACCUUGCAAAGUGUCCCCGAAGAGACCAUUAUUAGUCCACAUAUUUUGGAAUUUCUGGAACAAACUUUAGAGCCAAUCCCAGCAAAGACUAUGAACACAACUGACACUUCAAUUCUAUCUUCCGACCAGGACAUUAACUACGGAAACUAUGUAUAUGCCAGUUUUCCGGUGGAUGUAGUUGUAUAUUUCCACAUGCAACCCAGCACUUUUAGAUUCAGUUGUCUCCCGGUUUCACGAGUCGAAUGUAUGCUGCAAUUGCCAUCUUUGGAUAUCGUAUUCAGUUCCAAACGAGCUGAAGAGGAAUUAUUUUCAAGUGAAUUCGGAGAUGGGGCUCCUAAUACAGCUGCAACCGCCGUAGGUGGGUUGAGUGUCACAGGUUGUUUAUCAGAUUUUUCAGUCUACAUUUUCCAUCCCUAUGGUGGAAAGAAAUCAGCAUUAAAAGAAGCUCAAUGGUCACCCUUAUCUGACAGUGAAAGAAAGGAUUCGCUGUCGAUUAAUGUUGAAUUCGUGAAGUUUCACCUAUCCCGAUCGAGAAUGUUGAAUUUCAAGCAAGAGCCCACCAAAGGUCUCAAAGGGUCCGAUCAAAGUAGAGCCGUAAUUCGCUUUUCAACUAUUAUUGAUAUUGGUUCCGCUUCCUUUAAAUACGACAUGAGACGUUUGACGGAAAUUCUCGCAUUUCCAAAAGCUUGGUAUCGUCGAUCUAUUGUUCGACGAAUGUUUUUAGGCGAUUUAAGCAUGUCUGCUACUUAUAGCGAAGAAGAUGACGUUAUCAGUCACAAAACAUCGCCAGGAACAGCAAAUAAACACGACAAAACUUCAACUACUCCACUACUUGGAGGUUCAAAAAAUCGACACGAUGAUCAUGCCGCGCAAAAGCAUAGCAAAAUGAGAGACAUAGGUAAAGCUUUUAGCGCUGACUCCACCAACACCCAAGACGAUUCUCCCAGUCCGACAGACCACAAGAACUUAACAGCCUGGGAAACUUUGGUUCUUUUUGCUGUUAACUUUAAGAAACUGAACGUGCAUAUGAAUAUGGGCAACGUGAUGGGAAAUGUUGCAUGGAUGACUAAAGACUUUAGGAGCGACGGGCGGCUUAGCAUUGGUUCAACUGGCCAUAAGAACCUUUACAUUGCGUUUGGACUAGGUGGUUCCAGUUUAGAUGCUAAAGGAGGUAUUGUCGGCGGAAAUAUUGAAAUUGCUAAUAUUGAUACUUAUGUUCAUAUUCGAGAAGAACCAGACGUCGAGCCGGACCAUACGAUUGGUUUGAAAUUAAGAGCCUUAGAAUUGCGCUUGGAUUACAUGGCAACGUCAGUGUUAAUGUGUAGAGUCAGUGAUUUAAAUGUAAAUCUAAGAGACGAAUGGAGACUUAAUAGGCCAGUGGUUCGGGAAUCUUUUAUGCCAACUCGAAGACCUGCCAGUAUAUUUGUGCAUGGCGUUCUCAGCUGGGACCAGUUGCAACUUAUGAUAUCCAAAUCCACUACGGCUGAUCUACUGAAAAUGUUCAACAAAUUGGAGGAGUUCUUUUCGCAGCAAUUUAAUAGCAGUAAACGGGCAUUCAGCGGAUUUUCUUCAAGUAGACCAACUCGAGUAACGCACCAAAAAAGUAGAGAUGCGCCAAUGCAGCCCGCUCAAGUGUCUGUGACUGCACCCUCAGAUGCAAGACAUCAUCGGCACUGGCAGAAAGUUUUGGGUCAGGUCGCAGGACUGCAAUUGAGCACAAUGCAUGUACCUUUACCAACUUUCGGUACUGUAUUGGGAGGCACAAUGGAACUCCAUGGAAACAACGUCUCUUUAGCCUGUUUUCACGGUAUUAACUUUAAGAGCAAAUCGUGGGCUUUAUUCAGCUUGAGAGAACCUUGCAUCAACUUUAACACUGAAAGCCAAGAAAUUCCAUCAACCAUUAAUCCCGCUCCUGCUCAGGAUGUACAUGUAGUUCAAACGUUGAUUUGUAGCUUAGGUCUACAUUCUUUGAGGCACUUAUCGAUGGCCACUGUGUGCAAAGUGACUCGAACUGUCAUUUUUCCACCACAAUUUAAAACUUUGCAGGAAUGGUUCCAUUACGCUUUUGCUAACAGUCAAAUUGAUGAAGUGGACAAAUUUCCGUCCCUAGAACGUGAAAAAGCUGAAGGAUCAAACUCAAUUGACCGAGCCAGUAGAACCUCUGGCAAAUUGGCUGAUCCAAAUCACACAAGAGAAGUAAUCUUUGCGUUGCCUGGAUUGCAAAUCCAUUUGAAGACGGAGCAUUUGCAAAAAUCAUCUAUACCUGAUGUUAACGAUGACAAACCGAUUGUAGAAUGCAGUUUUAUUACUGAGUUUGAAGAUCAUAUUUUUGUCACUGUAGACGCCGAAUCUUUCUUCUUUUUACACGACCUUAUCACUUCGUAUCUACAAGAAAAAGAACGUGUGUUGGGUGGGUUUGACAAAAGGUCGAUAUCUGACCAUGAUAGACUGAAACCAGCAGCCAGUGACGCACUCACGAAAAAAGGCGCUAUAGAUGGUGACAUUUUUGCUAAAGAUUGGCGCGAUUACAACUGCAAAACUUGGCAUUUGGAACCAACAGUUCGGCUACUAAGCGUUGCUGGAAAAUAUAUUGAACCCUAUGGCAUCGAUUAUAUUCUGCAAAAGUUGGGAUUCUCUCAUGCCCGAACGACAAUUCCAAAGUGGCUGCAGCGUGGUUUCAUGGACCCAAUAGAUGCAAUUUUAGCGGUAUUAACUCUUAGAGUUGUACAAAUCGUUAAAGAGGAUCAGACGAACAAGGACGAAAGGAAAGCUAUAGAAAAUAAGAAGUAAGCUUAGUAAUUACAUUAUACUAGCAGAGGUAGGCUUUGGUAAUUGAAAUGGUGACUAUCGAACAUAUAUAUACGAGGUUUUUUGGUAGACAAUUGUAGUGUUAAAAAUUUUAUGCUAUUUUAAAGGGACUUGUGUCUAAUGUGGUAAAUUAUGUCCGUAACUCUAGUUAGAAUUCAUUGAUUCAAGAACCUAGGAGAUGUGUAAACAGUGUACUUUAGUUGUGCAGAUUUUAUUUAUCUGUUACGUUGCCUGAAAUGUGAUAUUAUAAAUGUUUGCAUUUGUUUUAAUCCUAGUUCUGAAAUAUAAAUAAAUAUUGCAUUGAGUCAAUUAUAGACAGAUAGUAUUUAUGGCUUAUUGUCAGUACGAGUCAAUCAACUAACAAGAACUUCAAACAAUAUGUCCCUUUCAUUAAAAUUAUUGGAUAUUUAAUAAAAUUGUUAGAAGCCAA